UUGGUGCCAUCCGGUUCCUUAAGUGUUGUUGACCACGUCUCCCUUGUCUUCUUACAGGAGGUGGAAACCUUGACGGCCCACUGGAACCUGUACAUCAGUCUUGGAGGAUUUUCUGUAGGCCUGUUAGUGGUGCCUCUCCUGGGCUCAUGGAGUGACCUCGCCGGUCGCAGACCUGUCCUCAUCCUGCCCAACCUGGGCCUGGCCCUGCAGGCGGUGGUCUACCUAGUGGUGAUGUACCUGAAGCUACCUGUCGUCUAUUUUCUAGUGGGCAGGCUACUUAGUGGCCUUUCGGGUGAUUUCAACGCCAUCCUGGCCGGCUGCUUCUCAUAUGUAGCUGACACCAGCGACAGCAGGUCCCGCACCUUCAGGGUGGCGGUCUUGGAGGCUUGUCUGGGCCUUUCAGGGAUGCUAGCCAGCAUCAUCGGAGGGCAGUGGCGGCGGGCACAAGGGUACAUCAACCCAUUCUGGCUGGUCCUGGCCACUAACUUGGCCUCGGCUCUGUACGCUUACCUGUUUGUCCGUGAGUCUGUCCUGCCAGACCCAAGUGUCAAGCUCUUCAGCUCUCGCCACUAUAAAGCUGUCUGGCACCUCUUCUCAACAGGAGGCAGUGAGGGGAGUGGCAGAUGUAAGCUGUGGCUUUACGUGCUGUGUUUCUUUCUGGUGGUGACUGUACACUUCGGCAGCAGGGAGUUGUAUGUGUUGUAUGAGCUCAGCUCACCGCUGUGCUGGGGGCCGGCUCUCAUUGGAUAUGGAUCAGCAGCUCAGCACCUGGCCUACCUUACCAGUCUGCUGGGGCUGAAGAUCAUGCAGCGAUGUCUGGCGGACUCCUGGGUGGCUCUCGUGGGUCUGGCCUCCAACAUCACUGGGCUGGUGGUCUUCUCUGUAGCUGACAGCACGCAGCUCAUGUUCACAGGUUACGGUCUGUGUUUUCUCUUCAUGGCUGCGACACCUGUUCUCAGGUCAAAGCUGUCCAAGUUGGUGGACCCAUCCGAACAAGGUGCUCUCUUUGCGUCUGUUGCCUGUGUGGAGAGUUUAUGUUUUCUGGUGGGCAGUGGCCUCUUUAACUCCCUCUACCCAGCCACACUGCACUUCAUGAAGGGUUUCCCCUUCCUGUUUGCUGCCUUCAUCCUCUUCAUCCCCGCUGGGAUAAUUGGGACCCUGCAGUGUUUCGACCAGAGGAGAGGCCACAGAGACUCGACAGCAUCCUGACCUGAAGGGAGGGUUCAGUCUAUGAGGUGAGCAGCUCUGAGACGUCCAUCACAUCAUCUGUGAUGCUGAGAGACUUCUUGACCGUAACACAUUGACGGGCAGCUGACCGUUGUUAGCUAGCUCAGCGAUGGGAUUCUUCCAACAGGUCACACCAAAGUGAUCAAGACCAAAGGAUGAAGAAUCAACCUCCUGACUGUCAUUACAGUCUUUGCAUAGUCCUCUGAUAAUGAACAAGAUCCGAUACUUGCUUUCAUUUUGUGAUUUGAUAUAUUUCCAAUACGACGUAAUGAGUGCCAAAGAUUGUGCUUUACAUUUCCAUUUUGAAUGUCAGUAAAUCUUAAUGACACACUACAGGUGAAGAAUGUGUCAUAUCAAGCAUGGAUGCAAAGUCAUGUGUUUUCAGACACAGGUGAUUUAAGUACAGUAGUAAUCAGUAAGUAAUCACUAAGGUUGACAUCCUUGACACAAUAAUGAUUCAUAUUUUUAUGAUAUUAAUGAUGGAACGAUUUUGAUCCAUCACGAUCCAGCUUGCUGGACUGUAACACAAAAACAUUGAACACGGAUCUUCUGAUUGUUUUUGUUUAACAUAUUUCUGUGUAUUUAUAACAACAGGUAUCAGGACAACAUGUGGAAAGGGAUUAUGACAACAGUGGGUUUAUACGCAGCUCAGUAGUGUGAAACAUUUUCUGCUAGCCUGCUGUUAUAAUGUUGUUUAUUAGUUUGAAUGUUUUUAUUGAAUCAGUCAAAUGCUGCUGCUCCUUUAUUUAUGUACAAAAGCCAACCACCGCUGUGAAAAUAAUAAUUUCGUAACAAAAGUGCUAUCAAGUGAAGAGAGAAAGCCUCACUUGUAGCCUAAAACCUUUCAGAAGACAAACCACGUAGUUGUUCUAUUGAGUUUUAUUCCAGAAAGGGAUGUAUAAGAUAUAUUCUAGUUUGGCUUUGAGAUAUGUUUUAAAUCUAAAUUGUCACUCAUUGGGGUCAUAUAGAAUGAGUCACGGUUAUGAUAUUUUCACUUAAAGUAAGAUGAACCAUUCUGAAUGAAUAACUAAUUUGGAGCAAAUACAAGUUCAGAAACCGACCUGUGAUUGUAGCACAUUUUGUAUUCAGUAUAUAAGAUCAAGCUAUUUCUAGCCACCUGUUCACCUCUGUGUGCUCCUUUAUACUUCUACUGUACUACAUUACAGUAGCAAAUAUUAUACUUUUUACUCCUCACUACCUACAUAAGUUACUACUUAAAUUGUUUUGUUUUUUAUAGGUUAAGAGAAGACUAUUGAUCCCCAGGGGGAAAUUCAAGAGCUACUCAGCCUUACUUAUAGUAGUUGAAAUGAGACCCACCUUUAGCAGCUGUAGUCCAAUAAGAUCAUUUGCAGAAUGGUCUAUAUUCUGAAUAAUAAGUACUCGUAUUGUUUACUUAUAUUUUUUUUUACCUUUUUAACUUGAGUAUUUUUACACUGUGGUAUUGCUACUUUUAUUUCAGUAAAAGAUCUGAGUACUUCUGUUUGCACAUUUGAGGCCACAUUAAGGGCUAUACCAAAUCUGUUGGUAGAAGUUUUCUCUAGGACCCUCAAACAGUGGCGUCAGUAUCUGAGAUUCCUGCUAUCACACUAUGCAGAUCAUCUGUGCCAAACCUGUCCAAACCCAACUAUAAGUAAUCCACAGAAGAGAGACUGAAACUGUAGCCGCAGCCAGGGAUUACUGAGUUACCCUUUGACCCUCCCUCCUAUUUCCAUAAAGCAGAGAGCACAGUCCAGACUCCCUCCAGAGUCCCACCACCAACAACAACAACACUCGAUAGUCCCAAAGCACAGGCCCACAGCCAACAUGCACACAGAGGUCGGGUCUUAGUCGCACAGUGAGGGAACGAGAGCUGCCGAAUCAGCUUUAAAAUGCACAAAGGGAAGUUUGGAGGUCAAGAAGUAUUAACUCAGAUAAUGUGAAUUGAUCUGCAUGAAGAUUAUUUUUGACAGUGGGUGGAUCAUGUGGUCACAGCCGUUCUUCAGACGUUCCUACAAGUGUGUCUAUUCUUCAUUGUGCAAUAUUUGUAAGUUGCAAUCAUUGUAUUUAUUGGAAUAUGACUGGAUCAUUUUGGAUACUUUGUGAUAAAGAUGGUGAUUGAUUACAUUUGUUUCUGUCACACAUAAUGAAGUUCAAAUAAAGACUUUCAUUGUAAAAUGUUGUAUAACACAUUUUAUUUGACCAUAU